CACCUACUCGUACGAAGAUGGCGGCGUGAGGUUGCUUAUUUUGGUGUCUGGCGUUGAUAGUUUACACUCAGGUCCGAGUCUGUGUUGGCUAUUGUGGCUUGAAGAGUUGCUGUUGUGCAGAUAACUAGUGUUUCCAUUAAGGACAAUGAGGGUGACGGUCACAACUCUUGCGGACGAAAUAUUUGUCCUCGACGUGAGCGAGGACUUGGAGCUGGAGAACUUCAAAGCGCUAUGUGAAAUGGAGUCGGGGUUUCCUUCGAGGGAAAUUCUGAUUGUUUACAGCGGUCGGCCACUGACAGAUGACAGAAAAUCACUGAAAGAGCACGGCGUUGCUGAUGGGGAUGUUGUGAUACUUCAGCGUAUGCAGGGCUCGUCUACGAGUCUCAGCGCCGCAGCGGCGGGUCUGCACCUGCUCGACUUCAGCAGCAUCCAGGUGCCUCCAGAGGCUCUGGCUGCCACAGACAGCAAUUCAGAUGACACCAGCAUGGAUGACGUGGCGGGACCGGGCCCCACGUACGCCGCUGAGGAGGACCCGCGCAUCAUCCGUGACAUGUUCCUCGCCAACCCGGAUCAGCUGGCACUGCUGAAGCAGAACAACCCGCGGCUGGCCGAAGCACUGCUCUCCGGGAACCUGGACAGGUUUGCAGGCGUGCUUCGGGAGCAGGUGGAGAUACGUGCAGAGCGUGAGCGGCAGCGCAUCCGUAUGAUGAAUGCGCACCCCUUUGACUUGGAGGCACAGCGCCUCAUCGCUGAGGAGAUCCGUCGGAAGAACAUAGAGGCCAACCUGGAGGCAGCCAUCGAGUACAACCCAGAGAUCUUCGGCACCGUCACCAUGCUUUAUAUCAACUGCCGGGUUAACGGCUACCCUGUGAAAGCUUUCAUCGACUCAGGUGCCCAGACGACGAUAAUGUCAGCGGCGUGCGCAGAGCGUUGCAAUAUAAUGCGGCUGGUGGACACGCGCUGGGCUGGCGUCGCCAAGGGCGUAGGAGUGCAGCGGAUAAUCGGCCGCAUCCACAUGGUUCAGGUGCAGAUAGAAACGGAUCACCUGACAACUUCCUUCAGUGUGCUACAGGAACAGCCCAUGGACAUGCUCUUGGGCCUGGAUAUGCUGCGUGGGCACCAGUGCUGCAUUGACCUUCAGAAGAACGUGCUCCGCAUCGGUACGACGGGAACGGAGACGCCGUUUCUGCCCGAGUCUGAGUUGCCAGAGUGUGCCCGGCUCUCCGGGCCCGGGGAGAACAUGUCGGCAGAGUCGUUGGGGCGGUCCAUUUGUGAGGCAGAGGAUCGUGAGCUGGCGCGCGCCCUACAGGAUUCGGAGGCCUCCGCCAUGGCGCACCGUAGUUUCUCCACAGAAUCACAGGAUGCUGGUGCCCGGGCGCCAUCUCUGCCUAGGGACCCGUCACUGACUAUACUGCCGACCGACAAGUUCGGCGAGAAUGAGGUGCGCGACUUGGUCAGCCUCGGUUUCACCAGAGAACAGGUGAUUGCUGAGCUGCGCCGCUUUGACGGAGACAAGAACCGAGCGACGGCUUCUCUCAUCGCCAAGUCGACGAGAUUCGUGUGACUCACGAGCAGCCGAGACAGACAGAGAGGGUCGACCGUGUCCCUCCGUGCAGAGGUUGCUGCCGCUUUCUGUGCUCCUCCCCCUCUGUUACCUCUUCUUCCUGCGCUCCUGUCACUCCGCAAACUUCCGACUGCAGCGUAAACACCUCGGCACGGUGAAAAAGUUCAACCGUGGCACGCGUCUGAUUGGGUGGGGAUUUGCAGUUUUGUGUUUCCACUCAGUUACCAGUGACUUUGGGUCCUGUGUGGGGAUGGAGUGGUAACUGGCUUUAUUCCUAGUAGAGAAAGUGUGAUCUCUCGUCUCAGUCCACACGUGCACUCAGGUAAGAAGGAAAGGGCUAUUGCCCCUCACACAUAUACUUCAGUCUUGCGCAGUUUCACAUACUUCCUAUGUUUCUUUAUACAUUAGCUACCAUCCUUUGAAGUAAUCAUCAGUUGUAUCAUUAUUUUACUUCUACAGAUGACCCUAGUGGAAUUUUGUAAGUGGUAUUGGUGCCAUGGCAUUGAUGGAUGUUAGGUCCAAUUGUUCCACACGGCUCGUGUGAAAAAGAUGUUUAAGUUUUAUAUGAAACAACCAAAAUACCAUAGUUGAUAUAAUUUUGUUUAGUUAUUUACAUGUUUCAUCUCUUGCUGUGACAUGGAGUGGGCCAGUUUUACAAUUAUAGUACUCCUACACAGUGAAGAAUAUGAAAACAUACUGAUUAUUUAGAGGAUUGCCUUAAGUGUUAUUUCUUCUUCUCCUUCUCCUCCUUUCUCUUCUCCACUUCAUGUAUCAGGCAAACUGCCUGUUACAGUAUGCCAUCUCUUGCAUGGUCAUCCUAGAUGCUUUCUUCCAAUGCAUUUAUAAUUGAGAGCUGUACAUGGAGUCUUUCUCCACCAAUACUGUAUAUAUAUUCCUCCAAUUUUCUUUUAUUUUUUUUUCAUUUAGGUUAUAUAUUCCUAAAUCUUCUUCAUAUCCUUAUUCCUUUUGCACUCGUAUGUACUUCCUUGGUGUCUUAUCAUCAUCCAUCCUUCACUUCCAAAGUAAGAGUUGGUUGGCACUGCUGUAGUUUUAUAAAACUUCAGCUGAGUUUGUCUCCUGGCUGUACUCUGCAAUUCUUUUUUACAAUUGUUCCACAUGUAAAAGUAAAUUUAUUUUAUUUUCUGCUCACAUUAUGCUUUCAUUCCUAUGUGAUGCCACAUGCUAGAUAUUAAAAAUAUUUAACUUCGUUAUUCUAUACUACCUUUUAUCUUACAGGCUGUGUGCGCUGACACACCAUGACUUUCGCCCACCUAAAGACCGUUCAGAAAUUUAUUCUGAAGCUAUCUGUUGCAAUUAUGGAUUCCCAUCUGACAGUCGUCUUAAUUUUCUACAAUUAGUGUUAAGUCAUGUGCAUAUAGGAUUGCAUUCAGUUUAAUGUCAUCAUCUAAAAUUACUUCUUUUUUUAUUCAACAUUUUUCAUCAAUUGAUCACUUCAUCUAUGUAUACAGAUCUCUCUCCUGAGAGUCGUCAGGUAUAUUUUCUCUGGUGUUUCAGCAGAGAUUUACAGUUUUAUUUUUGUGUUGUGUAGCUGGACUCAGCCUAAACAAAUAGUGCUCAUCACAUCUUCCAUCUGACACCCAGGUCUACUGAAAGCAUCAGUUUGUUUCCUGUUUCAAACAAAACCGUUUUUAAAGCGUAUUUUUUACAUGCCCGUUCGGUAGAGCGGUCCCAGAUCAGUCUAGUGCAAUAUCUGUUUUAUCUGUAGAUAUUAACAGUGACAGUGAAACAUGAAGAAUAACCGACUUUCUAGCAUUGGCAACACCGCCUUUGCCAGUGCUGACCGCUACCGCCAAGCAUGCAGCACUUCUGAGUUGCUGCUGGAUCGCCGUUUAUUUUUGUGUUUUACCAUCCCUGUUAAUAUAUAUCGAUGAAAUGAAUAUCAGACUAGACUAAUUUGGGAGCACUGUAUUGGAUGCGCGUGUAAAAUUAUGAUUUAAAAACGAUUUUAUUUGUAAUAGGAAACAAACUGAUGCAGUCUGUUGAUACUUUGUGUCACAUGAAAGCCAUGGUGAGCAAUAAUUAUUUACUUAUAUGGAUAUGGUGUCUGUUCUUUCUGAUAUGUUAAAAGAGCAGACACGAUUGAUGACCUGCAGCUGUCUAGAACAAAAUUAGAAUUAUAUAUUGAUACCUUCAGCUGCUGAUGGGUGUUUUCAUAUAUAUCGAUGGUGACAGGUGAAAAUGUGUGCCCCGAACGGGACUCGAACCCAGGUUCUCCUGCUUACAUGACAGAUGCUCUAUCCAUCUGAGCCACCGAGUGCACAGAGGAUAGUGCGACUGCGUGGACUAUCUCGCACACGUCUCAGGCGAGACCCACAUUCUCACCUUGUAUAUCCACACUCUACGUUCUUAGUGUCCCUACCCAACACACUCAUUACUCGUGGAAGACAUUCUUACCAAGUCUCGUAAGAGUUCGGAUAAUAUGUGUGCAUCCGCAUGUAGUAUAUAGUUCUGGCAAUACCGGCUAUGAUCUCCUUCUCCUGUGUGGAUGCACACAUAUUACCCGAACUCUUAAGGACUUGGUAAGAAUGUCUUCCACAAGUAAGAAGUGUAUUGUGUAGGGACACUGCGAAUGUAGUGUGUGGACAUAUAAGGUGAGAAUGUGUGCCUCAUAGGACAAGUGUGAGAGAUAGUACCUGCAGUCACACCAUUCUCUGUGUCCUCAGUGGCUCAGAUGGAUAGAGCAUCUGCCAUGUAAGCUGGAGAUCCCGGGUUCGAGUCCCGGCCGGCGCACACAUUUUCACCUGUCCCCGUUGAUAUGUAUCAACGCUCAUCAGCAGCUGAAGGUAUUAGUAUAUAAUUCUAAUUUAGUAAUUAUUUAGGCUAAUUCCAGCCUCACACUGCAAAAACAAAAUUGCAGUCAUCUUCCGAGACACACAGAAAAUGCGCCUGAUGACCCUUAGGAGACAUUCCCAAUAUAUUCCAGAAUUUAGGGGAAAUAUGCCAACCUUGCCCUAUGCCUUUGUGCAAGCUCAUUGGUUUUGUGGUUAUCUUCCCAUGUCACACACACAAGCUAACUCCAAGAGGCUUAUACCUAGUUAUUACGUUUAUUUCUAUUACCCUUUUUAAAGAUUACUUUGACUUUUAGCCACUCUUUUGGUACCUUCACACUUCCGCAGUAUCUAUUGAAAAUGUGAAGAAGCCUUAGAUGUUGAAAUAACCCUCCAUAUUUGCAUAGCUCCAUAUUAAUAGCAUCUAAACAAGUGCUUUUUCUACUCUUCGCAGCUUUCAGAAGCUCAUCAGUCCUCUCAUAUCAGUAACAUUCAGGUUUUUUUUUGUAUCAUGUAGUUCAGAUAAUUCUGAAUUACACUACCAUCACACCACAUUUUUUGUAAUGAUCCAUCCAGUCCUUCUCUCCUGUAUUACUGACACAUGUAUGAUCCGUUUCUUGUCUGUUGUGCUCUUUCUUUGCUUUGUAAGCAAACAUUUGUCAACCAUGAAAAUUGUGUUUUAUGUUGCUAAUAAGCAUAUCCAUUAUUGUGCAUGUGAACAUGUGCUUUCCAAAUUGUGCAGUUUGCGUUGUAUUAAAUCUCUUCCGAGGUUCCAUUCCAAACUAAACUCGCUUAAUGCCUCCUUGCUGGAAUCUCACUCUUUCCCUUGAUUUCCAUUUGAAUUUAAAGCUUUUUUUAUGCACUAAUUAUUACAGUGAUUAACAUUCAUCUGUUCAUUAUUAUACGCACAUGACACUUAUAUGAACUCUGCUCAGUACAUUAGAGUUUAUAGAACAGCUUACAGAAAAAUCAUUGUAUUAAAAUUGCUUUUCAUUGAAGGUACAGUACUUAAACAUAGUCGUACUCACAAUCACUUUCUCUCAGAUUGUUAUUUCUGUAGAGCCUCCAACCAAUCACUUGGCAGUGUCCUGCAGUAUUGCCCAAACUCAUCUGACGAGUGUCACUAGAUCCUUGCCACUGCCUUGUGACCUGUGAGAAGCUCAGGAACUCAUAAAAUAAAGGAAUUGACAUUAAUAGCAAUGUAUUGUGGAUGGCAACAUACUGUGAGUAUGAAGAUGGACAUGUGCACACUUUUUAGGAAAGGCUCUCUCUCUCUCUCUCUCUCUCUCUCUCUCUCUCUCUCUCUCUCUCUCUUUCUUUCUCAUUCUCAAUCAAUCAAUCAGUCCCUCUCCCUCUUCUCCCCCCUCACUCCCCCCCCCCCCCCCAAAUCCCUCUAAAAGAAACAGCAACCCCCCCCCCUACCCCCCCCCCCCCCCCCCCCCACACACACACACACACACACACACACACACACACACACACUUAGAAAUUCUUCUAUGGAGUAGAAGUUGUCAAGCGGAUAUGAUUUCAGUUUUUGUUUAAAGUUAGUUUUGUAAACUGUUAGACUGUUUUACACCUCAGUGAAGGUGGUGUUUCCAAAGUAGUAGGCUUGCUGAAUAUCUCACUCAUUUCUGUGCCACACGAUGGCCACAUUAAGGCUAAUGGAAGUCACUGAAGAUUUUCUGUUGAGCUUGAUUAUAUAAUACUCGUUUUACCAGUGAAGAAGACUAUUUCUGCUGCUUCAAUAUAUGAUAGUGAAUCAUUUAUAUAUAAAGCAAGAACAAUACUGAAUCCAAUAUCAGUCCUUGUGGUACAGCUGUGGAGAUUAUUCCACAGUCAUAAGAUGCAGUUUUUGUUACUUCCUCUUCCUGCGUUUCCUAAAGUCCUUUUAAUUCAUCAGCAUGAUAGUCAGUCACCAAUAACAUCUCUGAUACCAAAAAUAUUUGAAUACUCUUAGGAGAAUCUGGUAUGCUUCAGCCAGCACAAAAUGUGUGUCCUCAUAAUGUACAAAACCUGUGUCACACACUGCUCCUGUGCUAGUCCAAUGGCAAGUCCGUUGUGAAGCCUUCACUUAUUGUUCAUAAGAAAGAUUAAAACUUUUCAUGUUGCAGUUAGGUGGAGAGUCUUUGGGAGCAAUAGGCACUCUUGUGCACUUUGUAUUUCCAACAUUUGGUUCUAUUUCCACUCAUCCUCUUCCACAUUACUAUUAACUUUUUGUUGUUGUUCUUAUUGAUGGGCUUGCCACAGCUCUCGGUGCUAGCCUGUCCUGCAAAUUCCCCUUCAUCUCUGCAUAACUACUGCAACCUACAUCCAUCUCAGCCUGCUAGCUGUAUUCACUCUACAGCUCCCUCUAAUACCUUGGAGGUUUAUUCCCUGAUAUCUCAGCACAAGUCCAAUUAUUCUGUCCCUCCCUUUGGUCAUUGUUCUCCAACGUUCCUUUUCUCACCCAUUCUGCUGAUAGGGUACCUCAUUUCUUGUCUUAUCAGUCUGCAUUCUUCUAUAUAUCAUAUUUAAAAUGCUUCGAUUCUCUGUACUUCUGGUCUUGCCACAGUCCACAGUUGUCUUUACUGUGCAAGUGGGAGGCAACAAAAUAUUUUGGCAUUCAGAGGAUCGAAGUGUUACUGACUGAGCUUUUGUGGAAAGCUUUCUCCACAGUGAAAAAUGUGCUUGUUUUAAAGGAUUACUGUCUCAAAGCACUUAUCGUAUCUGUGAUGUUCUCACAGCUAUUUCGCAAUAACAUGAGGCGAGCUGCCUUCUGUUUUUUACUUUUUCGAUGUCUUCUGUCAAUCCUACCUGGUAAGGCUGUCUCUUUAGUGGAUUUGCGAGACCUUCAAAAUCUCUAAAUUUUGUCCCAACUUAAUGCAGUCUUUGGUUUGCCUUCAAAACAUCAUUUUCUGUAUCAUCAUUCAAUUCUAAGUUGUUCAAGACUGUAAUUCCAGUAUAUUUACUUGUGCUGGAUGAACUAACUAUUAUAGCAGUGUAACACAUCCUGUUUUCGUUUUGUAAGUGCACUGUCAUUUGCAAGCAAGAUGUGUACAGCUUUAAAGUACUUUUGUGUGUGCAUUGAAUGAGUGGACAUGAGAGGAGAGAUCAGAAUCAUUGCUGUUGUGUGUAUCUGUGUAGUAGUGGCUCUUUGGAGGAAGAGCAAACAGAGGUCUCAAGUGAUAAAACAGAGGGACAAGUUUUCCCUGUUUUUCUCCGACACCUGCCUGACUGUUACUUGUAAGACUGUGUCUCUGGUGUUUUAUUAUGGGUGUACUUGCCACAGUUGGUCACUAACGUAUUUUUCACACUUGAUAUAAAAUAGGUAUGGCUAAUUGAACAGGUAUAAUACAUUUGGAUUGAUGGUAUGUAUUGGGAUCUCUCUGCUGAAAAAAAAGUCAAUAAUUGUUUGGUGUAAUGUGAUUUUUGACUGCUGCCAUUGCAUAAGUGGAUAUAGAUAUUUUAAAUGUAAUUUUAGAGCAUCAUGACACACUCAGUUUUAAUGGUUUAAAAGUCUUUUUUGAUGUGCUCAAUGUUUGUGACAGGUACCAAAAAGACAGUUGUGUUAUUUUGGAUCUCAUCUUUAGACAGUUUCUUGGAAGAAAUGUUCUUUAAUAAUGUCAAAGAUAAUUCCUUUUUUAUACUAAAAAAAGAGAGAUGUGAUUUUAAAACAUAUGAGGUUGCAACAUCAGUUGCUCAUUUAGUUUUAGUCAGUGUCCUAGUACAUAAAUAUAUCAUAUCUGAAGGAGGUUUCUUGUAGCUUAAUAUGUGUCUUAUUAUUAAGUGAAAUUAUACCAAAAAAAUCAUUGUCAGUCUUGUGAUGAAAAAUUAAGCUGUUGUAAUAGGUGCAGAAAGGAGGAAUAUACCAAGAUAACACUGGACACCAUUCGUUGUUAGCGAAUGACGUGCUGUGUUGCUAUAUUGUAAUAUGAAGUCAAUUCUUUCUUGGAAAAAACGAAAAAAAAUAAACAUGUUGAUGUUUGGUACUGGUAUCCUUACAUGCAACUAGUUGUCAUUGAUGAUUUGUGUCUUCACAUAUUUGUUGCAAAGCGGCUUCUAUUGUCAUUGGUAAUCUGUGUGUUCACAUGUAUGUUGCAUGGCAGCUUCUGUUUUGCUGUGGAAGCCUAGAAACUUAAGUCACAAAGCCAUUGAGGCCCAGAUAUUAGUGAUAGCCAAGGAAUUUGUAUCAUUUUGUGUUGUUGGUGACCACCAAGUGAUCAUUUUAUGAAUGUCGUAUGGCCUAUGUUGUUACCACAAAUUUUACACUAUGAAAACCUUGCAUGUGUAUUAUUGGACUUUUAAGUUUUUGCAAGAUGAUUAUUUUAUUUUUUAUCUGAGAGAGAAAUAAAUUUUAAAAUGAC